UUUGGCACCUUUAAAUGUACACACAGCAUUUAAGAACUUGUUGCUCUGCCAGUGUCCACAUGUGGGCGCGCGAGAGCAAUUGUGAGCGCGAGACGCGUUGAACGUACGUUACGUCACAGGGAAUUUCCAGUAAGGAAGUUAAGUUGUCUAUAUUCAAACGGCGCUGUUCAUCUCGCCAUGAUUUAUAGUGAUCUGUCGUGACCGGCCAAUAAAACCGAGUGAUCGAUCGGUCUUUUAUUAUCUGAGCGGAUCUUCCGCAUAUCCACAUCCAGCAGACUCGACCCCCUCAACCCUGCUUUCAUCUGGCUUACUUGAGUUCACUUCAGCGCAACAUGGCCAGAUAAACAGAAAUCCCCACUCGGAAUCCCAGACGGCUGUUUGAUGUUGAUCCUGAACCUUGGAUAUUUUCAGGAAAGGAAUCAUGGCUGGAGAGGACCCCUACCUCCCACCUCAUGCCGGGUACUUGGAUCCAUUGGAUGCAUUCAGAGAGGACACUAUGUGGAUGCCCAUGGACCCUACAUUUCAGCCCAUGCAACACAGUAAUGCUUUAAGGGCAGUCGACGCACCUUAUCUGCAAAUUGUCGAACAACCGAAACAGAGGGGCUUUAGGUUCCGGUAUGGAUGUGAGGGCCCCUCCCAUGGAGGACUCCCAGGGGCCUCCAGCGAGAAGAACAGGAAGUCCUACCCACAAGUUAAGAUCUGUAACUACCAGGGUGCAGCACGAGUUGUAGUUCAGUUGGUGACCAACACUCAAGAGCCACAUCUCCACGCUCACAGUCUGGUGGGCAAACAGUGUGACAAGGGAAUCUGCAUUGCCGACCUACAGCCUAAAGACUCGAGCAUCAGUUUUCCUAACCUGGGCAUUUUGCACGUGACAAAGAAGAAUGUAAGUAAAAUUCUUGAGGAGAGGAUGGUCGAGGCCUACAGGAUGGGAUAUAACUGCGGCGUAUACAUCCAUCCUGACAUUGAUAACCUACAGGGAGAGGUCCGCAUGCCUAGAGAACUCACAGAUCAUGAGAGGAGCCUAAUAUGCAGUACAGCCAUUCAACAAUCGAAGGAGAUGGAUCUGAGUGUGGUGCGCCUGAUGUUCACGGCAUUCCUGCCCGACAGCGAUGGAGGCUUCUCCCGCAGACUGGACCCGGUCAUAUCCGAACCAAUCUUUGACAGCAAGGCUCCGAACGCCUCCAAUCUGAAGAUCGUACGAAUGGACCGGACCGCCGGUUGUGUCACAGGAGGAGAGGAGGUCUAUCUGCUGUGUGACAAAGUCCAGAAAGAUGACAUUCAGGUGAGGUUUUAUGAGGACGAUGAUACGGGUUCGAUCUGGGAAGCCUACGGAGAUUUCUCACCCACUGACGUGCACAGACAGUUUGCCAUUGUCUUUAAGACGCCUAAAUAUCGGGACCAGAACCUUCAGAAGCCCAUCUCUGUGUUUGUACAGCUUAAGCGAAAAUCGGACAAUGAAACGAGCGAGCCCAAGCCGUUUACCUACCACCCACAGAUCAUAGAUAAAGAAGAAGUCCAGAGAAAGAGACAAAAGACCCUUCCCCACUUCCCAGACUACAGUGGAGCGGGGGGCGGAGCUGGGGGCAUGUUCAGAGGAGGGGGCGGGCCUACUACAGGCGGUGGCCCUAGUGGAGGAGGUAGUGGAGGACAUUUCUAUCAGGGUUAUCAAACCUAUAACAAUUUUGGGUCUGGAUACAACUUCUCUCCUGGAAUGGGAGGAGGCGGUACUAGCAUCAAACAGUCACCUCAAGAACCUGUUGAAGAUAGCGAUGAAGACAGUAACGGUGAUAAUGAUGAUUAUCCAGCAGCAGGUGGUGUGAUGCGAAUCUGUGGCCAACCUGAAUCUGUUAAGAGUGAAAAUACAGAGCUGCCUAUUGAAUAUCUAGAGUCAGAUAUGACGGAUUGUGCGAUUGACCCACAUUUGGCAGAGCUUGCAAAGAAACAGGCUGAAGCUCUCUUUUAUUACGCACUGAGCGGUGACCCUAGAAUGCUGUUGGCUCCACAGCGCCCCCUCAUGACCACACAGGACGAAAACGGGGACACAGGUUUGCAUCUAGGGGUGAUUCACAGUCAAACAGAUGCCGUGAGAAAUCUUGCUCAGGUCAUUUUUGUUCUUCCUGGAGAGGAUGUGCUGAACAUGAGAAAUGACCUGUACCAGACUCCUUUGCACCUUGCCGUGGUGACGCAGCAGAAAGAAGUGGUGGAAGCCUUACUUGAGGCUGAUGUUGACGUUACGCUCACAGAUCGUAACGGAAACACGGCACUUCACCUGGCGGCUCAGCACAAGGAGGGGAACGUGCUACGAUUGCUACUGAAGCACAACUCGGCUGCGAGGUUAACUGGCGUUCCUAACACAGCAGGUCUCUGCCCACUUCACCUGGCUGUUCGGGCGAACAGCUUGGGUUGUAUGAGGGCCCUGCUGGAGGCCGGGGUGGACGUGGAGGUUCAGGAGCUCACGUGUGGCCGCACGGCGCUUCACCUGGCCACGGAAAUGGACAACCUUUCUCUCGCAGGCUGUCUGCUGCUGGAGGGUAAUGCAAAUGUAGACAGCGUCACGUAUAACGGAUCCACCCCUCUGCACAUUGCCGCAGGGCGAGGCUCAACCAAACUGACGGCACUUCUCAUGGCUGCAGGCGCUGAUCCACAUAAAGAGAACUUUGAGCCACUGUUCUUCAAAGAUGAUGAGACGUUUACAACAUGUGAUGAUGAUGAGGAGGAAGACGAAGGCUAUAUUCCCGGGACGACCCCUCUAAACAUGGCAGCCUCCGUAGAGGUCUAUGAUAUUCUUAACGGACAAGAGUAUCAGCCCACCACUGUUGUUGUUCCACCACAAGGUGACAUGAGCAGCCUGAGUUGUGAAACGAAGCAGGACCUCUGCCAGGCGCUGGAGGAGCAGACGGGAGGCUGGGAGAGUUUGGCUCAUGCUCUCGGUCUGGGCAUUCUCACCAGUGCAUUCAAACUGAGUUCCUGCCCGGCUGGAAAGCUGCUGGACAGCUAUGAGGUGUCCGGGGGAACGGUUCGUGAUCUGAUCGAGGGACUAAAGCAGGUUGGGAACAGCUGUGCUGUAAGUUUACUGCAGGCCGUGUGUAAGGAGGCUGAAACCACACCACCUCAGCUCACAGGUCCAGAGCUGUGUAAGGCCAUUCAAGGUUUGACAUUGGGCUCUCAGCGGGAGGAGAGUGGGAUAUGUGACAGCGGAGUUGAGACGUCUUUCUAGAACCUUAACCCAAGUCUUGCUGACUCAGUUCGUCUUUGAAUCAGGGCCUGGGCAACCAUACAAACUGAGGCUUGACCCCAUUAAGACCAGCUUUGUCCUCACUACAGCAGCAUUGCCAGUCAACCUCAGGACACGCCUCCAAACUCUUCAAUUGGCCACUGCCUACUGUGGGUUCUCCUCAGCCGCAUCUAAAAAUGGAAAUGAGGGAAUUCUGAGGAUCAUUUAAAUGAGGAGUCCUAAAGGGUUCAGGCCAAGGGGUUUUUCUUUUAUUUUUCAGCUUUUAAUUUGUAAAAACAUUCAUUUUCCUUUUUUACAAGAUAGUUGUUUUUAAAUUUCUGUGUUUCUUUUGUGGUUGAAUGAUGUUUUGACUGAGCCCAGAUUUUAUAUCCAGUGCAAAUGCACAUUUGACACUCCUUUUAGGACGCUUAAUAUUUUGGUGGUAUGUUUUGAGUUGUAUGGCUUCUCUGUCCUGAACUUAAAAUAGUUUUGAUGUAUUUUUAACUGCUAUUCUGACUACAGUGUUCUCAAGUAUUUUUUGUUUUUAGUAUUCGUGCAGUUUUUUUAUGUUUUAAUGCAAAGUUUCUGAUAUAGUCAGUUGUAAACAAAGGCUUUUCUCCUGGGGUUGCGAAGCAUUUAAUUUAGAGAGGUGCAGAAGACAAUCUGAGUAUUGUGUGAAAAGCAAAAGAGAUCGACUGGAUCAUUUUGACCCUGUAGAUCAUACUUGUAUAAUUAUUAAACCGUCCUGAAGACCAAGAUCAGCUGGUUUAAGGAGCUCUGCAUGCACAUGGCUUUCCAAGUGCAGGACUGAACACGGUUGCAUGCAAGAAAAAGUUGUUCCUGAAUUCCUAAAUGCUUUUGGAAGCGACCAGAAAACAUUAACAUGUACUGCUGUAUUGUGAUGUACAGCAUUAUUUAGGUUGGGAAUUGGAUUUCUUUAUAAUUGUUUAGUGGUGCUACCUGCAUUUAAACCGACUAGGUCAUAAGCUUUGAGAGAUUAUUUUCUUUUUUCUCCACACAAACAGGAGCGUUAAUCCGGGCCGAUGAUUUCUGCUGGUUUUUAGCGAUUUGAGGUGUUUGACAAGAUAAUGAUUUGUGAUCCUGUCUGUGAAAUCCAGGUUAUAAUCCAGUUAUGAGAUUAGGGGCGUCAAAGUUUGAUUUCAAUCUUUAACAUGACCUUACUCAGUCAUUAUUAAAGACAUCAACGGUGUAUAAGACUGUUUCUUGCAUUAUGUAGGAUGAUUUUAUGUAAAAACAGUAAGUCACAAAAAUGACUUUAGCUGGGUUUUCACAGACUGGGUCACAUUGUGUGUGCAUGUGCGUGUGUGUGAUUUAGACUCAGGAGCUUACAGAUCUGUCUGUUUUGACAGCCCUAUAUAAACUCUUUUAUAUGUUGAGCAAUUUAUCAUAUUCUUAUCUGUUACUCGGGCUGUAUGAAAACAAACUAGACUCAAGGAUCAACUCCAUACUGUUUAUUUGGAUUUAUGCGUCACAGUUAGGGUUGCAAAUGGGCAGAAACUUGGAACUUAAUCUGGGGAAUUUUUAAAAUAUUUCAAAUUAGAAAAUAUAUCAUAUACAAACAUGGCAGACAUGCAUGCAAGGUAAUAAAAAUUUUGAAUAAUCCUGAUACUUGUGCUCAUCAAGAAGUGGAUUUAUUUACACAAAGCACAAGGGAGUUUUAAACAAAUUAAGUAAUUUACGUUAAUACAGUGGUUCCCAAACUUUUUCAGCGUGUGGCCCCCCUUGUGUACGGUGCAUUCCUUUGCGGCCCCCCAAAGUAAAUUUGUGACAAAAAAACUGUUCUAAAACUCAACAUUUUAAUUAAAAAAACAUUAAAUUAUACAAAAUAGUAGUGCUUUUGGUUAGUAGCCUUGUUUUUUUUAGGUUUAAUUACACAGAAAUCAUGAUAAAUUAAUGUAUUUCAUAAAAUGUCAUAAAACUGGGGCCCCCCUGGCACCAUCUUGCGGCCCCCCAGUUUGAAAACCACUGCGUUAAUACAUGCAAAUAGGGACAUUUUGACAUUAUUUUGCCUUCACUAAACUGUGUGCAUGUGACUGAGGAACGGGCAGGGUAGAAAUUCAACUGAAAUUGCAUGAAAUCUUGUUGUUUUAAACACGAUUAUGCUGCAAGAUUUUUUUGACUACAUUUAUGUUCCCUGGCAACUCUGCAAUUGUUUUAGAUUCACAGUUUAUUCCCGUUAAUUCCCAAGAAAAGUUCCAGUCUUGAAAAUUCCCAGAAUUUUGCAACCCUAUUCAUAAUAUAUAUACAGACAUGUUUGUAACUGAUCAGAUGUUCUCUGUGAAAUUUUCUGACGUUGAUCGUUGACUAGAGACAAAACAGUUUCAGCCAGUGAUGUUUUUAUAUCAUAGUAUAGUACAUAAUAAUAACAAAACAAAUAGAAACCCUAAACCACAGGUUUGAUAGGCACUGUUGCGUAUUUUCGGUUGUAAAUUGGUAUUUAUGUCUGUGGACCCUUUGAAACGGUGUUGUUUUCAGGGGGAGAUGUUUGUGCUUUGUACUUGGUUUUGUGAUACUUUUAUAAUAAAAUUAUUCAUUAUACUA